AUGCUGGCAGAUGCAGCAAAGAUCCUACAGCAAGCCACUCCGUCACCAUUGCCUGGUGUGCAGCAAGCCGUUCCUAUAAGCUCGGCACCACCACCUGGUAACCAAGGCGCGUCUACUACGGGACCGGUGACACCCGGAACUCCGGUUACCCUGGAAGCGUUGAACGCUCAGAUCGAGUCGCUGCGAGCGUUUGCCCAGGAGCAUGAGUUGAAAAUGUUGAAGCUUGCGGACGAUCGAUCUAGAGUCCUAGUUGAUGAUGAGGCGCAGGUGAAGGCACUUCUUGAUAGUGGAGCCACCCACGCUGUGGUGCCAUUCAAAAGGGAAAUGAGGGACCUAGAAAGGGUUGACGUGACGCUAGCUGGAGAUCUCAAGGAAGAGUGGUUUAAAACGAGUGGGGGUACGCUGGUGGUUCCUCCCGCGUCUGAAGACAAUGGUACCUCCAAAUCUCAGACCAUACUUCCAUUUGGGGCACUAGUACAGACCUUGGGUUGCAAAGUCACGUGGAGUAAAAGAAAGGGUCUCAAGGUGAUCCAUCCUCAGCUAGGCCCUCUCAAGGUUGGGGUUUCAAGUAACACGUGCCCAUACGUUCAAGAAGAGCAAGCUUUGAAGCUCAUCGCAGAACUUGAAGCACGAAGGUUACGGGACUUUGAGCGAAGUGUACAGGCGAUGGAGGCUGAACUCAGCCAACUCUCCGCUCCAGUUGACCCCACCAAGGCGAUACGUGACUUCAUCUCCAAUGGGAAAAGAACUCAGCUUCUUCGAGCUGUGUUCGCACAACCGUAUCUCAAGCAAGUGCCCGAGGCUAUCAAGGAGAACCUCUUGGGAGUUCAAGACAUGCUUCUGUGGUCCAUCGCCUCGGUCGCCCGAGGAGUAAGACCAGAGACCUUUUGGAGCACCGAGGCCAGUAAGUGGUGCAUUGGUUUCAAGAAAGAAAUCGUCGAAGCUUUAGAGGGGAAGAUAAAGGGGCACGACGUUGCAGAACUAGUCGGCGUGAAUGCAGUUAAGCCGUCUGAGCUCGAGGAGUGGCGAGCGCACAUUAUGCGAGGUGCGAAUGAUCCGUUCGAGGAUCUCCCGGGUGCUCCGGAAGAAUAUGCUCCUACCGAGCCUGGGGAGGACGUUGCAGAAAAUAUGAAGUUUGAUUUUGAUGAAUACGUUGAUAGGAUAGCAGCGGAGCAGGCUCUAACUUCGGUCAGAGCAAUAGAAGAUCCAGAUGAAUCUGCUGAGGAUGUUGGUCCCACGGUAGAGGGUGAUGAAGAGGUAUAUGAAUGGAUUGAUGACAAUCAACUCGGAGCCGCUAUAAAGGACGCAACUUCACGCCUGGAAAUAGUUACUCUAAGAUACUUUGUAGGCUUGAAGUCAAAAACCGGCCCAGAUGUAACGGCGGGUAUCCAGCAGAUGAUUUUGCGCAUAACUCAGAAAUUCCCUCUGAGAAUCCUUCAUUGCGACCCCGGCACCGAGUUCACGUCCGAGACCUUGAUGAAGUGGCUACCCGGACAAGGGGUGAAGCUACAAACCACCAUACCUACGGACAAACAGGGUAAUGGGUUAGCUGAAAGGAUAGUAGGCCAUAAAGAGCUGAUAACUAGAUGGGUGAAGACUAAGUAUGGAGCACCACACCUGACAGCACAACCUCCGCCUUUACAGGAAGCUGAUGUUCCGUCCGAGGAGGAGGAGGAAGAACUAAUUCCCGACGGGGAGUCAAUGUUUGUCGAAGGUGAGGAAGGUGCCAACCACCCCGAAGGUCUGGCAGAACAGGGAUUGCUGGACCAUGACUAUUCCAAUGCACACUUCCGUAGGGAAGAUUCGUGUUGGGAGCUUAUGGGCAUGGUGGCCAAAGAGGAUCAGCAUGCUGCAUUGGAAUGGGCCACAAUCCUCUUAAUCCAUGCAUCAGACGUUCCAGUUCAUCGGGACUUUCGCAACGAAUGGAACACGAGGAAUUUCGUUCUUUGCAUUCCCGGAGUCACAGAGCUGUGGACAGGCCCACCACAUGACCCCAAGGGAAAUGCCGCGCCGGGAAGCCCUGAUUGGACAUCCCCCGAUGUGCACGUCAUUAAUGAGGAGGUGAAGUCGUUUGAUCCACGACGAUAUCAUGCUGUACGGAGAUCACCAGACUGGGUUGUGGUGGGAUACUCCCCACUAGGGAUUCAUAAGUUGCCAGAGGUCAAGGUAGUGAGGCCCGGAAAGCCUGAUGAUGAGGAUGACGACAGCUCUCCCCCGCCAUGGGAGAAUCCAAUAAGGGAAGAUGACGAUGGACCUCCCCUGUGGGAGAGAGGUGAGCAAUCAAACACCAGCAAGCGUUGGCAUGACCUGGAUUCCGUGCCCGAAGAGCGGGUAGAACAGACUCCGAAAUGCCCGGCGAGCAUGUACUACCCCGUGCAUUACUGGGAGGAUGAGUGGCCUGAUCACCACAAUCCCAGUAGCGCGUCGAGCCAAGCAUGGACUGGCCAAACAUACUGGCAGGAUGAGUGGUGGCAGCCCGAUCAGGUCCAGGUAGGUGCAUCCAGCAAUGCAGGCCAGGUGCCGCCCGAUCAGGUCCAGGUAGGUGCAGCAAGCAAUGCAGGCCAGGUGCAGCCCGAUCAGGUCCAGGUAGGUGCAUCCAGCAAUGCAGACCAGGUGCCGCCCGAUCAGGUCCAGGUAGGUGCAGCAAGCAAUGCAGGCCAGGUGCAGCCCGAUCAGGUCCAGGUAGGUGCAGCCAGCAAUGCAGGCCAGGUGCCGCCCGAUCAGGUCCAGGUAGGUGCAACCAGUAAUGCCAUAACCCCGUCAGAGGAUGGCUCUCCUAUUGAUGAUGGUAGUCUUGCGGUCGUUGCAUAUGAGCCUACCUCUCAUUACUGGGAAGACGAGUGGCUACCAAAUAUGCCACCCGUGAGCACCGUUGAGCAACAG